AUGGUUUUCUCCUCUCUCCUCGCUCUGGCAUUCGCCGCCCUACCCGCACUCGCCCAGACCGACUUCUCCUCAGCUCACAAUGUCACCGCCAUUGGAGGAACAUGGAGCUCGGGCUCUCAACAGGUCGUCACUGGCUCCGGUUUCGCGAACCCGGCCACUCUGAGCUUCACGUAUCCUAAUGUCACUGGCGUCAGCUUCGCUUUCUCGGAGGACGGCUGGUACGAGACUGCCCGCUAUCGGUUCGUUAGUAACGGAUCGUCCCCGAACUGCAUCACUGGUGUCGUACUCUGGCACCAUGGCAGCUACACGUUCAACGACAACGGGUCUAUCACCUUGAACCCCCUGGCCGAUGGUUUCCAGCAAGUCCAGGAUCCCUGCGCGGCGGAAUCGAACUUCAUCCAGCAAUACAACACCACGGAGAUCUACCAGCUGUGGUCGAUUACGGAGGACACCAACGGGCCCCUGCUUCGCUUGUACGACUCUGGGUCGGCGCCCCUCGCACCCAUGUCCCAGGUGUACUCGACCCCGAACAUUCUGCCGCAGAAGCUCCUGAACAACGGUACGGAGGCUACUAUCACGGGCACGUCGUCAAGUCUCUUCGUCUCCAGCGCCUCGCGGCAAUGGGCUCCUGCGGAACUCGUGUCGCUCGCAUCAUCCGUCUUCGCGGUUGGGGUGGCAUCACUGCUGCUAUAG